UCGGCCCCGCGCCCGGAGGAGCUGCGGCGCGGCCGGACGGGUGAAUGACAGCCUGCUUCCUUUGUGGCCCUCAGGAGUUUUCUUUACUGUGCCGGCAGCUGGCUCUGAAAGUGGGGAGAAGCUGGGGCCUUGGGGAUUUAAGAGCGGAGGAGGCUGCCACCUGCUGGUGAACUGGCAAGAUUGCCAUGGUGUGUGAAGAGGAGCAGUAACAUUGACUAACAUGGACUUGUAUUGGCAUCUGCAGACACCUGGAUGCUUGCAGGGCCUGGAAAGCUUCCUCCUGACUCCGUUCAGGCUCUGGUCAUGAGUGGGGAUGUUUGUGAACUGGAUGCCACCGCACCAUGGCCCUUCUGUGUCCCCUUGCACACCUGAGACAUGCAACAGGGAGAACAGGUGACCUUUGAGGCUGUUGUUGGCACUGGGGGAACUUGAGCUCCUAUGAUAGCUUAGCGAAGGCUUGGACUCCCUGCCACUUCUCAGCUAACUCUUGUCCUCCACACUGCCCAGAAGCAAUGGCUGAAUGAAGGCCAAGGAUGUGCUAUGGAGCCUGGAUUAAACUGCUCUGACCUGUGUGACAGCGACUCCAGUGUGACCAGCCAGGUGCAGAGACCAAGCAGCUUGCCAGAACUCUGCACCGUCACAAUUACAACAUCUGCGGGCAGUGGGAAGACCUCCCUCUCCCCCUCCUCCUCUGCCGCCUUGCUGGGGAUUGUGUGGAUGUUCCUCACCAGUGGAGUCCUGCUGGCUCUUUUCUUUUUGGCCUUCACUAUUCGCUUCAGGAACAACAGGAUUGUGAAGAUGUCCAGUCCCAAUCUAAACAUCGUGACCCUGCUGGGCAGCAGCUUCACCUAUGUCAGUGCUUACCUCUUUGGGAUGCAGGAGCAGGACCUGUUUCCUGGGACCUCGAUGGAAGUGCUGGUUCAGGUGAGACUCUGCUUGCUGUGUGUGGGGACUUCUCUUGUCCUUGGGCCUGUCCUGGGAAAAACUUGGCGGCUGUACAGAGUGUUCACCCAGCGGGUUCCUGACAAGAGGGUGAUUAUCAAAGACCUCCAGCUGCUGGUGAUGGUGGCAGUGCUGGUGCUUGCAGAUGCUAUUCUCCUCUUGACAUGGGUUUUCUCUGAUCCAGUUCAGUGUUUCCGAAGCCUCAGCGCAUCCAUGAGGGCAACUGAGAAGGGAGUGACAUGUUCAGUGAGCAGGAUGCAGUUCUGUGCGUCGCUUUACUCCGACCUCUGGCUCGUUCUCAUUUUAGGAUUUAAGGGCAUCCUGUUGAUCUGUGGCACCUACCUGGCUGGUCUGACAGAUAAUGUCAGCUCUCCACCAGUGAAUCAGUCCUUGACACUCAUUGUCAGCGUCAACCUCGUUUUCCUCACUACUGGGACUGUCUUACUAGCUAACCGAUUUUUCUACACGUGGCCCAACCUGGUCUUCGGUUUUACAUCUGGAGGCAUCUUUGUCUGCACGACCACUAUCAACUGUUUCGUCUUUGUUCCUCAGCUCAGACACUGGAAAUCCUUUGAAGAAGAAGAGAGCCAAACCAUUAACCACAUGGCAAAGUAUUUUAACAGCCCCAGCAAGAGCUUCCUCUCCAUGUACAGUGAAGAGCAGAUAUACCAGCUGAUUGGGGAAAAGAACUCUAUGAGGCGGCUGCUUACAGAGAAAAAUGCUGUGAUCGAAAGCCUUCAGGAGCAAGUGAACAAUGCUAAGGAGAAGCUGAUGAAGCUGAUGUCUGCAGACUGUGGCUACGACCCCAUGCACCCAGCUCUUCCUUCCACAUCCCUCUCCCUUUCACUCCAGAACACCAAUCACCAUGUUAAACCUAGUGGCUGUGACAUGGGUGCUGAAGAGCCCCUGGGAGACCAUAUACCCCUUGGCCAGGAGGCAGGCUCUUGGCAGUGUUCCAGUCCUCCACAUGCACAGUGCAGCCCAGUAUCUCUUAGCAAAGAAGAUGGUGCUGGGGACACCCAGGACCGUAACAGUUAUACAAGCCACCACUGCACCCCGCCAGAGGAUCCCGCUUGCUCUCUGAUACAACCCUAUGACUCUGCGGGAAUCUCUGAAUAUAACUCUAACAGGCUCCAAGAGAAAUGGGUUCCUCAAAGCAGCAGGAAAAUUUCAGGCAGUUUAUUAGGGCCACGGAGCCAGAGCCCUGCAGCUGUGGGUGAGGGAGCAGAGCAGGCAGAGAGCUCAGCAAUGAUGAAGGAGCAGCCCUUGAGAUUCAACUAUGUGAGCAGUGAAAAGCUGCAGGAAAUCUUGCAAGAGCUGAGCCUAGGUAGCAUGGCUGGUGCCCAGACCUCACCCUGGGGGUCCAGACAGGCCAGGCACAGUGCCCAGCAGGAAAGGAGGUCUGUGUGGAGGUCCCAGGAAAAGAACCUAAGCCCUUACAUGACCUGGCAGAGAAGGAGAAUACCGCUCCAUUCCCCUCCCCCGAGUUAUCCUGGCUCCGCUUCUCCUCUAGUUUGGUGUGUCGUGAACCAGACUGUCGGCAGGGCAGCUGGUGGGCAAGGCUGUGAUGAGGUUGCAUGUGUGCCUCAGGCCAAAGCAGGUGACCACAGUGAUGGAAGGUGCCUUGGUCAGACGUCAUCCUCCUCACCAGCUGACAAUGCCCAGGACCAGCCUGAGCAGCACAACCAUGUUUCCAGCAAACACCCGGGGCUUGACCAAGCAAAGAACUGCAGUACUCUGCGACAUCCGCUCCACACCCUGCUGCAGGAGGAGGAUGCUCUGCGGGAGCUGCGACGGCCUCUCAUGCCCUCCUUGUACUGCUACCCAGACUCUGACUCCAGCAGCAGCUCUGAGGAGGUGUUUCACUGCUGCCACAGGCCUUACUGUGAAAUCUGCUUCCAAGACCCUUGUGUCUCCAGUGAUAGUUCUGUCACUGACGCAGACCCAGAGCCAGGCGAGCCCCUCGCCCUCCGGACAAAGCUCUACAGCAGGUCUCAACCUGUUGUGAACUUCAAAGAGGAUCUGACACCCACUUUCGUGUAGAUGCAAAGGAGGCUGUCCUAGUCCAGCGGUAAGAAUAGGGACAUAGGUUGUUCCGGGGGCUGAGAAUAAAAUACAUAAAGCAUGUACCUGCCUUCGUUGCUCAUUCAGAUCUGGGCUAAACCAGGGGCAACUGAAAACUGCAGCCAUUUGAUUAGAGAUGUUACAAGAACUGGGUUGGUGGUUUUAAUCCGGCCACUAUAGACAGGUGCCUGCAUCCUAGGAACACCCAUCAUAUUAAUGGGCCCUGAGAGGUUGAGGACUGGAUGAACUGUAGCAGUGGAGCUCUCUGGGUCAGGAGUGGGAAAUGGCAUGCGUGGGAAACCUGAUUAGCUUCUACCUAGUCAAGACUACCCCACCCCCUCAGGGUCGGCAAUGUAGGCUGCUUUUCCCCAGCACUAUGUUCAGUUAGCUAUUUUAAAAGAAAUACAGAAAAUUUUUCACCUUGUCACUCAUCCCCAAAUGUGCUAGUCUCUCAGCAAAGCAAGAACCUGGGGGUGGCAAAAAAAAAACCAACCCAAAACACUAGACUUUCUAUUUUUGUUGGUGUAGUCUCUGAGCAAGAUAAUGAAAGCUGGGCCUGGCUUCUCCAGGGGUGACUUUGCAGAUAUUUCAUUCAGCUUAAUUACCCUGCAGCAGGUAGAGAGGAAGGGAGGAAAGCUGAAAAAUCUUACAGGGUCUGCAAAAGAUUGUUUUAAUAUAACUGGCCAGAUGCCCUUAGUUUUACUAUCUUCUGUUGGAUGCAGUAGAUUUGAAAGGCGUGGAGGUUUCUAAAUGAGUAUUGUCUGUUCAUUUUUCACCUUGGGAAUAUAGACUCUAGGGUGUCUGGUUUGGUUAAAGGACCUCACUGGGGAGGCAGCACUGAGACCUAAGCCCCAGUGCCAAUGCCGUCUCUGUGGCGUGGAGAUCUUUAAUAAACAGAUGCAAACAAAACCAAA